AUGCUGAUGCAGAGGGUGCUCUCCUCGGGUAUGGCAGGACCCUCAGGGCAUGAUCACCAAGCGCUGGUGAACAGCAACCUGCAGCCGGGCAUGUACUCUGGGCAGCAGCUGCAUGGCAGGCCGCUGGGCACAAUGAGCCAUGGGCAGGCCCUGGUGCCCAGCCAUGGGCAGGCGCUGCAGCCCAGCGGGUCGCAGGGCUACAUGGGGAUCUCAGCCAAGGUGGAGAGCGUCCUAAAGGAUGCCCAUGAAGCCUACAGGAAUGGCGAGUUCACGCAGGCGCUGCAGCUGUGUCACGCGAUAUAUCCCCAGAACGCACACCGGACAGACUUGCUGCUGCUCAUCGGCGCGGUGUACUACCAGCUGGGGCAGUACGAGCAGUGCAUUGCCUUUAACGACCGCUGCAUCCUGCUGGACGCCCAGAUGGCCGAGGCGCAUGCCAACUUGGCAAAUGCCCUGCAGCAGCUCGGCAACUUUGACAUGGCCAUUGUUUACUAUCAGUCUGCCCUACGCCUGAAGCCCACAUUCACGGACGCCUACAACAACAUGGCGAGCGCACUCGUGCAGAAGGGCCUGGUCCCUGCUGCGCUGCAGUGCUACCAGACAGCGCUCGCCGUCAACCCCAACCUGGUGGACGUGCACACAAACCUGGGGGACCUGUGGAGGGCGCAGGGUCCCAGCGGCCAGUCAGAGGCGCAGAGGUGCUACGCAGAAGCGCUGCGCGUGGAUGUGAGGCAUGCCCCCGCCUGGCGCGGACUGGGAGACCUCAUGCGCGAGCGUGGAGAGCACCAGUCAGCAGUUGCAUGCUACCAGGAAGCGGUGCGGGCCAGGCCGGGAUACGCGGAUGCAUUUACGGGCAUGGGCAUCUCGCUGAAGGAGCUGAAGCGGCGGGAGGAGGCGGAGGCGUGCUUCCAGCAGGUCGUGCGGCUGCGCCCCGGCUGCUCGCUCUCCCUCGGCAACCUUGCAGGGGUCUACUACGAGCAGGGGAAGCUGGAGCAAGCGAUAGCGACAUACCGGGAGGCGCUGGUGCACGAGCCGAAUUUCCCGGAGGCCUACAACAACCUGGGCAACGCGCUGCGCGAGGCCGGCCGCGCGGACGAGGCCAUCCAGUGCUACACGCUGUGCAUCCAGCUGCAGCUCGCACGUCCCCCCGCGGCCACCCCCUCCGGCCGCAACAUCUCCCCUCUGCCGGCGGUGGCCGCGCAGGCGCAGUCGCAGCGCCUCAGCGUCGCCUACAACAAUCUCGGGGGCAUCCUCAAGAUGCAGGGCCGGGCCGCGGAGGCGAUAGCCUGCUACGAGCACGUGGCGCUGCUGCAGCCGGAGUCGGCAGAAGCGCAUGCGAAUCUGGCGUCCUGCUACAAGGAUGCGGCGCGCCAGGACGCCGCCAUAACCAGCUACCGGCGCGCGCUGACGCUGCGGCCGGACUUCCCUGAGGCAUUCGCCAACUUAGUGCACAGCCUGCAGUGCGUCUGCGAGUGGCGCGACCGGCCCGCGCUCUUCCAACGCAUGGAAGUCGAGGUGCGCAACGACCUGCAGAUGGGCCGUCUGCCGCCGGUGCAGCCCUUCCAUGCGAUGGCCUACCCCUUCAACGCUGACCUGGCGCUGGCCAUCUCCCAGAAGUACGCGCAGUUCUGCGCCAUCACCGCCAGCCGCAUGCGCGCCCCGCAGCUGGCGCACCCGGCCGCCCGGCCACUCGCGCCCGGCGAGCGGCUGCGCAUCGCUUACGUGUCGUCGGACUUCGGCAACCAUCCGCUCUCGCACCUAAUGGGCUCCGUCUUCGGCCUCCACGACCGCUCCAGGGUGGAGAUCUUCUGCUACGCGCUGAGCGCGUCGGACAACUCGGAGUGGCGGCAGCGCAUCGAGAUGGAGGCGGAGCACUUCCUGGACGUGUCGGCCUGGUCGGUGCCGGACAUUGCUGGCAAGAUGUCCGCCGACGGCAUCCACAUCGGUGUCAACCUGAAUGGCUACACAAAGGGGGCGCGCAACGAGAUAUUUGCGCUGCAGCCGGCGCCGGUGCAGACGAGCUACAUGGGCUUCCCGGCAACUAUGGGCGCCAGCUUCCUGCCCUACCUCAUCACCGACAAGGUCGUCGCGCCGGACUCGUGCCGCCCCUGCUACUCAGAGAACCUGGCCCUCAUGCCCAACUGCUACUUUGUCAACGACUACAAGCAUGCCCACAUGGACGUGUUGGACGAGGCAAAUCUGCCCUCGCGAACAGAGGUGGGCCUGCCGGAGGACCGGAUAGUCUACUCCUGCUCCAACCAGCUGUACAAGUACGACCCCGAGACCUUCACGACGUGGUGCAACAUCCUGCGCCGCGUGCCAAACUCCGUGCUCUGGCUACUGCGCUUCCCGCCCUACGGCGAGCCGCGCAUCCGCGCCGAGGCGGCCGCGCGCGGCGUCGACCCGGCCCGCAUAAUAUUCACCGACGUGGCCGCCAAGCCGCUGCACAUCCGCCGCUCCGGCAUCGCCGACGUGUUCCUCGACACCCCGCUCUGCAACGCCCACACCACCGGCUGCGACGUGCUGUGGGGCGGCUGUCCGAUGGUGACGCUGCCGCUGGAGCGCAUGGCUUCGCGCGUGGCCGCAUCGCUGUGCUAUGCCACCGGCCUUGGCCACGAAAUGGUCGUGUCCUCGCAGCAUGAGUACGAGGAUCGGGCGGUUGAGCUGGGUCUGAACCAUGCGAUGCGGCUGAGCCUGCGGGAGCGGCUGAAGCGCGCCCGGCUCACGUGCCCGCUGUUCGACACGGCCGGCUGGGUGCCCGACCUGGAAAAGGUCUUCUUCCGCAUGUGGGACGUGCACUGCGAAGGCCGCGGCCCUCGCCCCUUUGAGGUCCAGUGA